AUUACUCUCUUUCUCUAUUGCUUUGCCCUUCCUUGACCUAGAAGCUUUCACGUCGCUCUUUUCCUGAUGCCUCGUACUGCAUCCAAGCCGACGAAGAAACGGAGUAAACCUUAUACAGUUACCUCUUCAGACACGGAUCCUGUUCCCUCAGCUUCGAGUAAAACUAAAAAGUCGUCCAAAGAGAAUGAUGAAAAAUAUAAGUUGUUUAAUAAGUAUGCCAAUACAUCUUCUGGUGUCAUUGAUCCAGAAGGAAUUGAGAAACUUUGCUCCAAAUUGAAAGUUUCUCAUACUGAUAUCAAGAUCUUGAUGCUGGCUUGGAAAAUGAAGGCUGAAAGACAAGGUUACUUCACAAAGGCUGAAUGGAGAAGAGCACUCAAGGCGUUAAAGGUUGACACUAUCAAAAAAUUGAAGAAAGCCCUUCCUGAGCUCGAGAAAGAGGUCAGAAAGCCAUUGAAUUUUGCAGACUUCUAUGCUUAUGCCUUUCGUUAUUGUUUGACAGAUGAAAGACAAAAUUGCAUAGACAUUGGGACUAUUUGUCAACUCCUAGAUAUGGUCUUAGGAUCAACAUUCCGUGACCAGGUUGAUCACUUUGUCGACUACCUAAAGAUCCAGAAUGAUUACAAAGUCAUCACUAUGGACCAAUGGAUGGGUUUUUAUAGAUUCUGCAAUGAGAUAAGUUUCCCGGACAUGACCAACUACAGUCUAGAACUUGCGUGGCCACUGAUUCUAGACAAUUUUUUUGAGUGGAUGCGCGAAAAGCAAGCAUGAUAGUUUCCAUAUUUGUCAAACUGUUUUAGUC